CGAUCCCAUUCUUGUGCUGCAGGCAGCAUUCCGGGUGGAGAGAAAACGACAUUUAGGCCGUCAACCUUUAUGAAGCACAUUAGCAGUGUGUGUGUCUACAACAACAAGAGACCUUUAAACAAACUAUGGGCUCUCCAGGGCAAAUCCCAGGAAAAGACACGGAUAUGUAAUCUGGCCUCCAUCCUACUCCUUUGCUGCUCCCUUAAAGUACCCUUUCCAACUCUUAGCAGUGGUGAGAAGUCAGCGUUCCCCAGCUGCUGCGCGGGCACACAUGGUGCAUAGCUACCAUUCCCACAGCCCGACUACAUCAGUCUCGAGGGCACAGCCACUAGCUAGCUAGUGGGCUAGCCGUUCCCACUGAAGGACGGACAGUCUUUUUGGAAGAAACUACAAACUUGUCUUGGCUCAUUCUUCAACAAGCCAGUUGAGUUUAGUGUGAUUGACGGGGGCAAAUAGGGAGACAAUUAAAAGGUUGAUGGAGGCCAACAUGGAGAGCUGCCUGGCCCACGUCCUGCAGAAAGAUGUGGGCAAGCGCCUACAGACGGGCCAAGACAUCAUUGACUAUAUCUUGGACAAAGACAAGUCUCGGGACCUUGAACAGGACCAGACUGCUCUUGAUAAGAUGGUGGAUGGCAUCGCAAGCUCUUGGGUCAACUCCAGCAAUUUCAAGGUGGCUCUCCUCGGCUUGGACAUGCUCUCUGCUUUACUGACCAGGUUACAAGAGCGCUUUAGAGCUCAGGUGGGAACAGUUCUGCCCAGUCUUAUUGAUCGAUUGGGGGAUUCCAAAGACCAAGUGAGAGAACAAGACCAAGCACUGCUGUUGAAGAUCAUGGAACAAGCUGUAACUCCACAGUUUGUUUGGGACCGAAUGCUGGGAGGCUUCAAACAUAAGAACAACAGGACAAGAGAAGGAGUGUGCCUUUGCCUUAUUGCCACAUUGAAUAUGUAUGGAGCACAUGGCCUGACGCUCAGUAAGAUUGUUCCUCACAUAUGUAACCUAUUGGGGGAUCCCACCAGUCAGGUUCGAGAUGGCGCUAUGAGUAGCCUGGUGGAGAUCUACAGACAUGUGGGAGAGAGAGUCAGGAUGGAUCUCAGCAAGAAAGGCCUGCCUCAGUCACGCUUGAAUGUCAUCUUCAGCAAGUUUGAUGAAGUUCAAAGAUCCGGGAACAUGAAUCCCUCCUCCGGAUCAGCGAUCGGCAGAAGGACGAAGGACUUCACCCGAUGCGUUUGGCGGCCCGGAGACGUAGGAAGUCAAGGUGAAGUCGGCGGCUAGCGCGGCUCCAACAAAGUCCUCC